UCAGUAAGAAAGAAGAUUCAAUGAAGGAAGCACGCCGAAUAGUUUCUUUUGUCUGAAUAUAUGUUAUAUAUAUAUAUAUAUAUAUAUAUAUAUAUAUAUAUAUAUAAUUUCCUGGAAAAAAACAAUAAAGUGACUUGUGACGAAAUUUAUUUAACAAUGCCUUGAUACUGUCUAACGAGUGAAGUUUCGACACUAUAUUAUCAUUCUGAUAAAGAACAAUUGCAUCUUUAGUGAAGAGUAGUGUUACAUAUAUUUAGAACAAUUGAUUAUUAGAAAUAGCCGAAUGUUGUUUUGUCAUCUACACAUUUAAAGUUCAAUUUAAAAGGAUCAGUUAUAUAUCAGUCUUUCAUGGAUUCGUAUUUAUUGCUCGGUCCCGUUAAUCGAUUUGCGACCUAUACAGCUUUCAAUGCAUACCUGAAAGGAACAAGAUUUGAGGACGAUCCUCAUAGAAGCAGACGUUACUGCAAGUGGAAAGAUCGUAGAUAAUACAGGAUAAAGAUGGCUUGGUCGCUCGAUUUCUUCGCUGGUUGCUUGGGUGGAUGUGCCGGUAUUAUGGUGGGAUAUCCUUUAGACACAGUUAAAGUCCACAUGCAGACGCAGGACUGCUGCAAUCCGAAAUAUCGAGGCACUUGGGAUUGCCUGCGCACCUUAUUCGCAAAAGAAUCGGUGAGCGGCCUUUACAGAGGCAUGACCUCGCCGCUUGCAGGAGUGGCUGUAGUGAACGCUAUCGUUUUCGGCGUUUAUGGGCAUACCCAGAGACAUUUGUCCGAACCUGAUCGAUUGUCAGCACAUUUUUUGGCCGGUGCAUCCGCUGGACUUGCACAAACUCCCGUCUCGAGUCCAAUAGAGUUAGCGAAGACGCGUCUGCAAUUGCAAUCCUCUUCCGGUAAUUCCAGCGGGCCGAUGCAAUGCCUGAGGAACAUCUACAAGCGGGAGGGUUAUCGUGGCGUCUUCAAAGGUCUGAGCAUUACGUUCCUCAGAGAAGGGCCAAGUUACGGCGUGUACUUUGCGACCUACGAAAUGCUGACCAAGACAUCCUCGAAACAGUCGAUCUCGACGUCUCACAUGUUGCUGGCCGGAGGACUCGCUGGCACAGCUUCCUGGGUGAUCUCUUAUCCAAUUGAUGUUAUCAAGUCACGCAUACAAGCGGAAAGUAACAAUCGUUAUUCGGGGGCUUUGGAUUGUCUCAAAAAAUCCGUGCGCGCCGAAGGCUACAGUUGUUUAUAUAGGGGCUUAAAUUCGACGAUUCUUCGAGCAUUUCCGACGAAUGCAGCGACUUUUGCUGUAGUCACGUGGACAUUCAGGUUAUUAGGCGAGCAAUCGAAUGAGGCACCGCGGACAGAGGAGAUCGUGUCGAAGACGUCAACGCAGACGAAAAACCGUACGACGAAAGGAUACGAGUCCUUCGUCAGCAAGUGGAACGUAUUUUUCGAUGGUAUUUCGAGGAGCAAUAACUUUGUCACAUCCUAUUCAAUUGAAUCCAUCUUGCCGAUUAGCGGACUAAUGCCGGAUCAUAACGCUUGUUUGGUUCACAACUGCAGACAAUUAGAUUGCAAACAUGACGCAUUAAAGCACAGGAGAGAAAAAGAAUUUGAGGAGAGAAAAAGAAAAUCGCGAAAUGACGAAGGAGUCGAGGAGGAUGAAUACACGGAGGAGAAGAAAGCGGAAUGUGACGUCAAGACAAUUACCUGUACCUGUAAUUUGUAAGUUGGUCUCAAAUUUGGAUAAUACGUGAUGUCGACAUAUCAAACGGCGACCAAGUGACUUUAAUGAUAUGUCGAUGCAACGAAAUGACUCGUGUAAAAAAGAAAUUUACGUGUACGUAAAUUCUUCUUUGACAAUUAAUUUAAUUAAUGACGAAUGUAUAUACCUAUAAGAGAAAUUAUUUCAUAAAUCACAUAAUUUACGGCAAUUUGUGAAAUAAAUUAAAAACUUAAUUAAUAACAAAAAACUUGUAUCAAGCUCACUAUGAAGCAGGAACAGAAGGAUCUCUUUUGUCGAACAGCAGUCUCUGAUUGAACGGCGGACAUGUAAGACCACAUGUCACAGCCAGACGCGACAUUUAUUCGCUUUUAAAAUCACACAAAAUAAUUCGUAUCUCCUUCUUACACAAUCCCCUCACCGCUUUCAUUUCUCCUUCACGGCCUUCUGCAUUUCUCCAAUUCGCGAAUCGGUCUUCAAUCCUUCCGUUUCACGUGUCAAAAUUUUGACACAUUCUAAAUUCCGGCACAUAUGAACUCGACACACGGCAACACAUUCCAGCCAUUGUUAAUCACUCUCAGCAACUGAUCGGGAGCGGAACUUCAUCGCAAUCACAAUCUCAUCUCAGAUCGAAAAAUUAUCAAGUCGCAAAUUGUAAAAGUCAAACUAUACCAAGAUCGAUACGGACUACUAACCUCCCGCGCAAUCACUAAAUUCUCAGGAAAUAAUUAUUCUUACUAAGUAAGUGUAAAAUAAAUUAUUAAAUAUAAGCUACGUACAAUUUUAAAAAUCUAACAACUUAAUAUAGACAAAUAGCGAAACAGUUUGAUCGUAUGUAUAAUAUUAUAAUAAUAAUCUAUCUAUAUACUUAACCAA